CAGCGUGACAGGGACUACACUCUGACCCCCAACAUGGAGGGGGCCAAGGGGCCCAGGCUCAAAGACUUCCUGAGUGGGAGUCUGGCCACCUGGGCACUGGGACUGGCUGGGCUGGUGGGGGAGGCAGAAGAAUCAGCGGGGACAGAGGAGGAGGAUAAGGGGCCUCUUUGUACAGAGAAGAGAUUCCUGCAGCUGAGUGAUGGGGCCUUACUCCUUCGGGUGCUUGGAAUCAUUGCACCUAGUUCUCGAGGAGGAGGCCUGCGGAUGAUCAGGAGUCACGAUGGUCCUGCAGCCUGUCGGAUGUGGAACUUUCAUCAUCUGUGGGGGCGACUGAGGGAUUUCUACCAGGAAGAACUGCAGCUGCUGAUCCUGCCGCCACCCCCAGACCUCCAGACACUGGGGUUUGACCCCCUUUCAGAAGAGGCAGUGGACGAGCUGGACGGCAUCCUUCGGCUGUUGCUGGGGGCCUCAGUGCAGUGUGAACAUCGGGAGCUCUUCAUCCGUCACAUCCGGGGCCUCAGCCUUGACGUCCAGAGCGAGUUGGCUGCUGUAAUCCAAGAGGUGACCCAGCCUGGUGCUGGUGUGGUAUUGACUCUGGCUGGACCAGAGUCUGGAGAGCUGGUGGCUGUGGAGCUGGAGAUGCAGUUACGGAACCUGAUGGGGACGCUGUCCAGGCUGGUUCGAGAACGUGAUCUGGGGGCACAGCGGUUGGCUGAAGUGCUGCUGGAGCGGGAACCAGCCCACUUGCGGUGGCCAGAGGCUCCUGCUAAUGCUUCUGCAGAGGGUCCCUCGCACCAUCUGGCUCUGCAGCUGACCAACGCCAAGGCCCAGUUGAGACGACUGCGGCAGGAGGUGGAGGAGAAGGCCGAGCUGCUGCUGGACUCCCAGGCCGAGGUGCAGGGCUUGGAGGCUGAAAUUCGAAGGCUCCGCCAGGAGACCCAGGCACUGUCCGGACAAGCGAAGCGCGCCGAGCUCUACCGCGAGGAGGCAGAGGCACUACGCGAGCGAGCCGGCCGCCUGCCACGCCUGCAGGAGGAGCUGCGGCGCUGUCGCGAGAGGCUGCAGGCCGCUGAGGUCUUCAAGGGCCAGCUGGAGGAGGAGCGGGUGCUUUCUGGGGCCCUGGAGGCCUCAAAGGCGAUGCUGGAGGAACAGCUGGAGGUUGCCCGAGAGCGCUCAGCCAGGCUGCAUGAGACCCAGCGGGAGAAUCUGCUGCUGCGCACGAGGCUGGGCGAGGCCCAUGCGGAGCUGGAUUCUCUGCGGCAUCAGUUGGAGCAGCUGGUGGAGGAAAAUGUGGAGCUGGAGCUGGAACUUCAGAGGAGCCUGGAGCCACCCCCAGGGUCCCCUGGGGAGGCUCCCCUACCGGGAGCAGCACCCUCACUGCAGGAUGAGGUGAGGGAAGCAGAGGCUGGGCGGCUAAGGGCAGUGGAACGGGAGAAUCAGGAGCUUCGAGGCCUGCUGCAGAUGAUGCAGGAGCAGCUUGACAGCCAGCGCCCUCUGCUGGAGGAGCAGAGCAAGGAUGCCAUGCUGCCUGGGCCCAGUGGGGCUCCCCCAACUCCUGGGGCCCCAGAUCACAGCCUCAAAAGCUGGUCUUGCCAGAGGGGAGGCGAAGGCCCUGACUCCUUGGACCUGGCUUCCUCAGCCUCAGACUCUGACAUCACAAGGUCAUCUGAGUGUCCCCAGGCACCUGACUCACAUCCAGAGGUGAUGGAGAGUUCUUUCAAGAUGCUUUCUCAGGAUCCCCAGACCUCAGUCCUAACUCCCCAAGAAUCAGACCCUACUGUGGAAACACAUGGAUCUCUGGAGAAGUCCAGCCAGAGAGCCUCUCUCCAGGGCCCUAUUGUCUGGGCCCUACCACAGGGUCCGGAGAUCAGAAUUGAGGUGCAGGAGUUGCCAGGAGAGACUGGAAGCAGGGAGGCUCUCCAAGGGGAAUUGGUGCCCGAGACCCAGGUCCUCAAACAGGAGAGCCCUGAGUGCAGGCCCAGGUCUUCAGAGUUCAAACUCCAGGAGCCACUGAAGGAUCAGGGGACUCUGGAUCAGGGCCUAGAACUGUCCAAGCAUCAGACAGACGCAGGAGGGCAUGAACAGAGGCCCGAGGGGUUGCUCAGUAAACUGGUCCCUCAGAAACCACAUCAGACAUCAGAAGAGGCUCCUAAUGCCUGUGCUGCCCCAGAGGAGCAGGCCCUCAGAGAGGAGGUAGCACAGCUAAGGAGAGAGGUUGUGGGCCUUGAGGCUAAACUGCAAGCCCAGGCCCAGAGACUGGAGGCCCGAAGUGCAGAGGCUACCUGCCUCUCUGAGGAGCUGGCCCAAGCGCGCAGAGCAGAGGCUGAGGCCCAUCAGGAGGCAGAGACCCAGGCCCGGGAGCAGGCCCGACUGCGUGAAGCGGUGGAAACAGCGAGCCUGGAGCUGGAGGCUGCAUCGCGAGAGCGGGAGGCGCUGGCAGAGGCGCUAGCAGCAGCAGGCCGGGAGCGAAGGCAGUGGGAACGUGAGGGGCCCAGGCUGCGGGCUCAAGCCGAGGCUGCCGAGCAGCAGGUGCAGGCUCUGGAGGGCCAGGUCCGUUGUCAUCUGGAGGAGGCUGAGAGGGAGCAUCUGGAGAAACAAGCCCUCAGGGAGGAGCUAGAAAAGGCUGUGAUACGGGGCCAGGAGCUGGGCGCCCGGCUGGAGCAUCUGCAGCGAGAGCUGGAACAGGCAGCCUUGGAGCGUCAGGAGUUCCUACGAGAACAGGAGAGCCAGCACCAGAGGUACCAGGGCCUGGAGCAGCGGCUGGAAGCUGAGCUUCGGGCAGCAUCAACCAGUAAGGAGGAGGCAUUAAUGGAGCUCAAGGCCCGGGCCCUGAAGCUGGAGGAGGAGCUGAUUCAGCUACGACAGUGCCCUGUGGGGCUGGCGACAGAGGGGAGGGCUGACCCUCGGACCGCGGAGACCCAGAACUCUCGGCUCAUCGAGGUGGAGCGAAGUAAUGCCACCCUGGUAGCUGAGAAGGCAGCUCUGCAGGGGCAGCUGCAGCAUCUGGAGGGGCAGCUGGGGAACCUGCAGGGCCGGGCACAGGAGCUCCUGCUACAGAGUCAGCGGGCGCAGGAGCACAGCAGCCGCCUGCAGGCUGAAAAGUCUAUGAUGGAGAUGCAGGGCCAGGAGCUGCACAGGAAGCUGGGGGUGCUAGAAGAGGAGGUGCGGGCAGCAAGACGGGCACAGGAGGAGACUCGUGAGCAGCAGCAGGCUCUGCUUCGGGACCACGAGGCCCUGGCCCAGCUGCAGAGGAGACAGGAGACAGAGCUGGAGGGACUGCUCGUGCGGCACCGAGAUCUCAAGGCCAACAUGCGCGCCCUGGAGCUGGCCCACCGUGAGCUGCAGGGCCGGCACGAGCAGUUGCAGGCCCAGAGGGCCAGUGUGGAAGCACAAGAGGUGGCCUUACUGGCAGAGCGUGAGCGCCUGAUGCAGGAUGGGCAUCGGCAGCGGGACCUGGAGGAGGAGCUGCGGAGACUUCAGAGUGAGCACGACAGAGCUCAGAAGCUACUGGCUGAGGUGUCUCGGGAGCGAGGGGAGCUCCAGGGUGAACGUGGGGAACUGCGGGGCCGCCUGGUGAGGCUGGAGCUGGAGCGGGCACAGCUGGAGAUGCAGAGCCAGCAGCUGCGUGAGUCCAACCAGCAGCUGGACCUGAGCGCCUGCCGGCUGACCACACAGUGUGAGCUGCUGACCCAGCUUCGCACAGCUCAGGAGGAGGAGAACAGGCAGCUGCUAGCUGAAGUACAGGCCCUGAGCAGGGAGAAUCGGGAGCUGCUGGAGCGUAGUCUGGAGAGUCGUGACCACCUUCACCGAGAGCAGCGAGAAUACCUGGACCAGCUUAAUGCCUUACGCCGUGAGAAGCAGAAGCUGGUGGAGAAAAUCAUGGACCAGUACCGUGUGCUGGAACCUGGGCCCCUGCCCCGCACCAAGAAGGGCAGCUGGUUGGCAGACAAGGUGAAGAGGCUGAUUCGGCCCCGGCGGGAGGGGGCCCUCCAUGGGGGGCCACGCCUGGGGGCCGAUGGGGCUGGCAGCACCGAGAGCCUGGGGGGCCCCCUGGAGACGGAGCUCCCUGAGGGCAGGGAGGCAGAUGGGACAGGGUCCUCGUCACCGGCACCCAUGCGCCGUGCCCAGAGUUCGCUUUGCUUGGGAGAUGAGACCCUGGCAGGUGGGCAGCGGAGGAGACUCAGCUCCCGGUUCCCUGGAGGGCGAAGUUCUGAGUCAUUCAGUCCAGGGGACACCCCAAGGCAGCGGUUUCGUCAGCGCAGGCCAGGCCCCCUGGGGGCACCCAGUGCCCAUAGCAAAGGAUCUGGAGUGGAAUGGGAUGGCUCCAUUAAGACCCUCCCGGAACAUGAAACAGAUGCCAGUCGAGAGGCCCUCCAGGAGCAGAAACCGGAGAAACACCCCCUUACCUCUUCCCUCAGCCAGUGACACUGUGGGGGCAGGAAACUUAGGAGUGCAGCCUUCUCCUCAAUACAGGGCCGGUGGAUCUCCCAGGCAACCCAAGAGCCGGGGGACCCAGGGACUCCAAGAAGAGUACUUAAACAAAGAGGCCUGGACUCCCAGGUCCCCCACAACCCGUACUGGGGCCCUACGAAGGAGCUGGGACAAGUUUGUCAACAGAGGGUGUGACUGGUCCCAACGAGUAGCUCCUGGCCAGGGCUCUUGCUCUGGUACACAGCCAUCAUUGAGGAGGCGAUCUCUGGGGGAUUCCCCAGUUGAAGGGGGCUGGCAAGAGUGGGCAAGAGAGUCCUCUGCACGGUCUAGAUGGGAAGCCAAGGCCCAUUCUCUUGGGACAAGCCUGGGCUGAUAUCUAAGUCUUGUCCCGGACAUGAAGGAGAGAAUAAAACUGUAACCCCAUGAA